GUCACUCGGGCAGCCUGGCCUGAUGGACUUGCUUUGUGUCUCCUCAGUCCUCCCUGUCCCUGACCAGGAGCUGGGGCUCCUCCGGCCUUCGGCUUUCCCUCAGACCCACGGUCUCCCGCGGUCUCUCCCUGCUCAUGCCCCUCCGGCGAGCUGAGCUGCCCCCAGGGAUCGGGGGUCUGCGCCGAGUGGAGCCGGCUGCCAGGCCCUGCCUCGGAGGUCUUUGUGAGCGCGGGGCCGGGCGAUUCCCUUGGCAGGUGCCUAGUCGGGCCCUUUCCUGGGCUAGCCGUCCCCCGCCGGCCCUUGGGCCUCUCUCGCUGCUCCCCGUCUUUGCGGGAAGGAGAGCUGGGCGCAGCCCCGUGUUCUGCACCCCCCUCCCCCCAGAUUCCCCCGCCUGCCACGUCCUGGUUGGGCUGCCCCCGUCCCUGUCCGGGUUUGGGGCUGAAACCGCAAGUGCUCCUCCUGUGGUCCUUGAACCCUCCAGCCCGGGCCUGGGUUGUUUGUGAGCUCCCUGUGUGCGGGGGAAGUGGGGCGGGAGGGCUGGUUGUGCCCAUGGUCUGGAAGGGGCAGGGUAGACUAAUGCUUGUCUUGGGUCAUCUUUCUUCUGCCUUCUGAGCCCUCUGUCCUUCUCCACGAGGGUGGGAAUGGCCCCAGUAUUCCUGACGGCGCCAGGCUGCAAAGAGGUCCAAAAGGAUUCAAUAACAUUCAAGGAUGUGGCUGUGGAUUUUACCCAGGAAGAGUGGGGAAACCUGGACCCCUCCCAGAAAGAGUUGUACAGGGAUGUGAUGCUGGAGAACUAUAGGAACCUUGUCUUCUUGGGACUUACAGUUUGGAAACCAGAUGUGAUCUCUCAGUUGAAAGAAGGAGAAGCACCUUGGAUGCAGGAGAGAGAACUACCAAAGAGCACCUAUCCAGGUUGGGAAAGUAAGCCUGGAACCAAGGACACAGUUCAGGAAAGAUUCAGAAAGGAUGAUUUCCAUGACUCUAAAUUGGAAGAACCCUGGCGAUAUUAUGCUAGAUUGUCAGAACUGCACCAUAACAAUGCAGAGAAAUAUUCUAGCUCAUACCUUACUCAACGGCUGACCCUGCAUACUGGAGAGAAGUCUAACAAAUGUGAAAAUGUUUCUUGCUGCUGCUCACACUUUAUCCAACAUCAGAGCCUAUACACUAAAGAGAAACCUUAUGAAUGUCAUAUAUUUGGAACAGCAUUCCCCUCUAGCAAAUCCAUUAAUCACCAUCAGAGAAAUAAUAAUAGAGAAAAGCCUUAUGAACAUAAAGGUUGUGAGAAAGCCAUGAACAGGAGUUCACAGUUAACUGGUCAUCAGGAAAUUCUUAUUGUAAAGGAGCCUUACAAAUGUAACAUUUGUGGAAAGGCCUUCUGCCAGAGUUUACAGUUAACUGUACAUCAGAGAAUUCAUACUGGAGAGGAGCCUUACAAGUGUAAACUUUGUGGGAAGGUCUUCAGCAGGAGUUCGCAGUUAAGUGGGCAUCAUAGAAUUCAUUCUGGAGAGGAGCCUUCCAAUAAAUGUAAUAUUUGUGGAAAGACUUUCCGAAAGAGUUCACAGUUAAUUCUACAUCAGAGAAUUCAUACUGGUGAGAAGCCUUUCAAAUGUAAUUAUUGUGAGAAGGCCUUCCGCCGAAGUUCAAGGUUAACUCAACAUCAGAGAAUCCAUACUGGAGAGAAGCCUUAUGAAUGUAAAGAUUGUGGGAAGGCCUUCCACCAGAGUUCGGGGUUAACUCAACAUCAGAGAAUUCAUACUGGAGAGAAACCUUACAAAUGUAAUGACUGUGGGAAGGCUUUCCGUCGGAGGUCAAAAUUAACUCAACAUCAGAGAAUUCAUACUGGAGUGAAGCCUUAUGAAUGUAAAGAUUGUGGGAAGACCUUCCACCAGAGUUCAGGAUUGACUCAACAUCAGACAAUUCAUACUGGAGAAAAACCUUUUAAAUGUAAUGACUGCGGGAAGGUCUUCCGCCGGAGUUCAAAAUUAAUUCAACAUCAGAGAAUUCAUACUGGAGUGAAGCCUUAUGAAUGUAAAUAUUGUGGAAAGGCCUUCCACCAGAGUUCGCAGUUAACUCUACAUCAUAGAAUUCAUACUGGAGAGAAGCCUUAUAAAUGUAAUGAUUGUGGGAAGGCCUUCCAUCAGAGUUCAGAGUUAACUGUACAUCAGAGAAUUCAUACUGGAGAGAAGCCUUACAAAUGUAGCAAUUGUGGGAAGGCCUUUUGCCGCAGUUCUAAAUUAACUGCACAUCAGAAAAUUCAUACUGGAGAGAAACCUUUUAAAUGUAAUGAUUGUGAGAAGGCCUUCCAUCAGAGUUCAGAGUUAACUGUACAUGUGAGAAUUCAUAAUGGAGAGAAGCCUUACAAAUGCAACCAUUGUGGGAAAGCCUUCCACCGGAAUUCAGAGUUAACUCGACAUCAGAGAAUUCAUACUGGAGAGAAGUCUUACAAAUGUGAUGACUGUGGAAAAGCCUACUACUGGAGCUCAGGGUUAAUUCGACAUCGGAGAAUUCAUACUGGUGAGAAGCCUUAUGAAUGUAAAGAUUGUGGGAAGGCCUUUCUUGGAAGUUCACAUUUAAUUCGACAUCAGAGAAUUCAUACUGGAGAAAAGCCUUAUGAAUGCAAAGAUUGUGGGAAGGCCUUCAGUAUCAAAGUACACCUUACACUGCAUCAGCGAUUUCACUCUGGGGAGAAACCUUAUCAAUGUCAUGAAUGUGGGAAGGGCUUCCACUGGAACUCACAGUUAACUGUACAUCAGAGAAUUCACACUGGAGAGAAACCUUACAAAUGUAAUAGAUGUGGAAAGGCCUUCACCCAGAGUUCAGAAUUAACUCGACAUCAGAGAAUUCAUACUGGAGAAAAGCCUUACAAAUGCAGUGAUUGUGGGAAGGCAUACAAUCAGAAUUCAGAAUUGACUCGACAUCAGAGAAGUCAUACUAGAGAGAAGCCUUACAAAUGUAGUGAUUGUGGGAAGGCCUUUACCCGGAAUUCAGAAUUAACUAGGCAUCAGAGAAUCCAUCUUUGAGAGCAGCCUUAUGAAGUUAAGUGUUAUGGAUAGGUGAUCGUAUCAAAAUAUGCUUUACCAGACAUCAGAGACUUCACACUGGGGAGAAGCCUUAUACAUCAGAAAAUUCAUAGUGAAGAGGAACUUUGCAAAUGUAUUCAUUGAAAAAAGUUGUAGAGCUCACAGUUCCUUGAACAUCAAAGAAUUCAUACUGGAGAAAAACUCUAUAAGUGCAAUAAUUGUUGAAAGGCUUUUUGCUGGCUUCCAAUCUAAUCAACAUAUAAGAAUUUAUAUGGUAGUGAAACAUUCUAAGUGACAAUAAUAAUGAAGAAUUUGCCUGGGUAGCAAAAUCUUACUAAACAUCAGGAUUCAUAUGGGAGAAAAGCCUUACAAAUAUACAACUGUGGGAAGGUCUUUCACUGGAGUUCAUCCUUUGUUCAGUAUUAACAUACUUAUAAUGGAGAGAAGCCUCAUAAAUAUAAUGAAUAUGAAAAGAACUUCCACCAAAGCUCACAGUUUAUUUGUCAUCAGAGACUGCAUAAUGAAAAGCAAUGCUUUUAAAAUGAAAUGAUUGUGGAAAGACAUUCUCUAACAGUAUACACCUUAGCAAACAUCAGAAACUAUACCCUGGAGAGAGGCCCCAUGAAUGCAAUGAAAUGAUUGUGGAAAGGCCUUCCAUGAUUCAACAUUGAACUGUUCAUACUGGAGAAAACUUUCAUGAAGAUAGAACUUUGUGAAUGUAAAUUAAUAUGGGAAAACUUUAAAUCAGAGUACCUAAUUUAAUUUUGACUUAAUUGAGCACUUAAUUAGUCUUAACAAAAUCAGGGAUAACAAGAGGAAAAGAUUUAGGAGAAGAGGCCAUUCUACAUGCGAUUAGUUAAAAGGAGAAGUGUCAUGUGUGAGGAAAAGCAAGUGGGCCACUGUGAUAGGUUCAGUAUUUACCAAGGUUCUUCCACCUCUUUCCCAAGCAGUAGUUCUUUUUUUUCUGCUAAAAGGCAGGGUAACAUAAUAACACCUAUCUCACAGGGAUAUUGUGAGGAUAAAAUGCUAUAAUAAUAAUAGGGCACUUACCAGUUACCAGCAUGUAGUAGGCACUUAACAAAUGUUUAUUUUCUACCUAAAGGCAUAGAAAAAAAAAGCCUGAUCUAUAUAGCAUCUAGCCCUUCAGACUCCCAAGGCCACUAGAGUCACCCUAUCUUCUGGCCUGACAUAUCCAUAUGAAGAUUGAAGAUAAGGAUGCCUUAUUUUUACAACUACAUUCUUACUGAGCAUCCUUUCUGUGUUAUGGCUAAUUAAACAUUAUUUUGUUAACUGUUGAAUAACCUGAUAGUGUCUCAUUUGAUUCCAGUUUUAGAGCUAAACUACUAAGGAACUAGCUUGGAUCCAUCUCUGCUGAUAUGCUUAUUCUUUUAGUCUACUUUUUGACUUUUGUCUGAACUCUUCAAGUUCCUAACCCAAGUUUGAGUCAGUCAGCUUGUCCUUCUUUGGGAGUUUCAGUAGACUGUUUCUACACUUAGCCAGUAUUAGCUUAUUUGGAGUCCCUGGAAGUUGAGUGACUGAACUAUGGGAUCCCCUUUGGUCUGAGAACUUCUGCCCUGGCUUCCACUGCAGGCUUCCACAUUGGGCUAGAGCCUGGAACUGAGUCUCCACUCGCCUCCUAAGAUCAAAGCCACAUAGCUACAUUGUGCUUCUGGAACUUGUCUUUGCUCAAAACGCAACUAGGGUCCAUGUUUUAUGCAACUCCUCUCUGCCCUGGAUUUGUGACUUGGAACUGGGUAAUGGGAGACAAAGCUGCCAAAUGGCAUCUUUUACACCCUAUACUAGUUCAGCCAACCCCUGGGAUCCCUUUUUGCUCUGGUGUUUCCUACCCUGAUGCACAGUCUCAGCCCUCUUUCAGUCCCUGGACACUGGAAUGUUCUUUGUUCAACAGCCACUGGCUGUAUCUUGUCUCCAGUGUCCAUAGACAUCUUUGGUUCCCUAAGCUGCUGUGGGCUAAAAAGAUGAUUCACUGAUUUUUUUUCUUAGUUUUUCCAGUCAGAAUUCAGUUUGAUGUGUUUUCUAGAUCUUUUUGAAGGACAUUUAGUGAAAAAUUUGGCUGUAUUGUUUCCUCUUACUAUGCCAUCUUGACUCUACCACCUGUGCUCACUGAAUUUGUGAGUAAAAAAGUGGUGAUGAAGGCUAACAAUGAGUGGUAUCCUGAUGAGAUUCUAGAAUGAGGGUGUGAUUUGACAGAGACAAUUCGAAUAUCCACAUUUGAGUAUCAUGGGCUCAGCAAGGUCUCAGAAGCUGUACUUUGCCCAGACCGCUUAUAUUAGUUAGAUGCUCCAGAUGGAGGCUAUGCUUUGUCCCUUUUUAGUUAGCUUUGACAGAUAGGUGGCCCUAUAAAGAUGAAUUUCCAUUGCAUCUGGUUCCUGGAUGAGGGAUGGGGUGAUUCUGUAAGAAAGGGGUUGGAGUUCCUGAAGGAAAGGAUGUUGAUAGACUAAAUCUUUGUGCUAUGUGCCUCCCUAAGGCUUUAUAUACUCUCUUAUCAGCCUGAAUUAGGGCAAUUUGAAUCUGCCUUCUGGACAGAGCCCCAUCCAGAUGGUGUCAUUCUUUAGCUAUAGAUCUCCCUUACCAAAAAAUCAUACAGGAUAGUACAGUUCAGUGGGUUAAAUUUGAGUGGGACAUUGGGAAAGUGAUGAGGGCACUUAAUUCUAUCAUUACAAAUAUGUGCUCUGGGAAUGUGAGAUGAGGCACAGGGCCCAUUGUUCUAUUCAGGUAGAUAGA